CUCCUCCUCCUCCUCCUCCUCCUGCUGCCCUCCGCCCGCCCGCCCCCCGCGCUGUGGCAGGCCCUCUACGCGGACGCCUCGAAGCAGGAGGAGGAGGAGGCGAUGCGCAUCCUGAUGGGAGGCGCCGCCUCCAGCUCGGCGGCGCCCGCGGCGGCGCCGGCGGCGCCCGCGCGCGUGGCCGCGCCGUCCGCGGCGUGAGGCGCGCCGUCCGCGCCUCGGCUGGCCCCGGCCCGCCGCGGGAGGAGCUUCCCCCGCCUCGCCGCGGAGGGGAGGGCGCUCGCCCGGCAGUCGUCGGGCAGAGGACGGGCGGUGCUCUUCGAGCAAGAAGACGAGGAGGAGGAGUAGGCCCAGACGGAAGGCAGCUAGAUACACCCCGCGUGCGGCCUCAAUGCACGGCGCGGCAUCCUUUCCCCUGCUCUCGGCAGCCCAAGGAGGCGCCCGAGCGUGUGCCGGCGAGACAGACUGCGAGCCGCGAGCGGUGACAGGGCGUGGUGCUCGCAAAUGGUCCCGGCGCGCUCCUCGGCGGACGGUCAUGGAGUUGUUCGGCGAGGUUGCAGUGCUCUGCGAGAGCAUGGUGGCCGUCGCCGGGCAUCUGCAACAGCGUGGAGGCAAGUGUCGGCAGAAGCUGGAGCGUGCAUUCCCGACCGCAAUGUGCAGCGCAUGUUGCGCACUACCUGCAUCCCAGUCCCACCCACAGAUAUGCAUCCUAUGGAUUUUGCCGCUCUUUACUCGCAUGAUGCUGGGGGGGUAGCUUUGUUCUUCG